CAAAGAGCAACUUAGACCACGCCAUCUUGUUCAUACAGUACGUCACAAAAGCCACCGCUGACAGUUUAUGCGCUGACGAGCAAAACAUCCAAGAUGGCGGCGAAACGUCGAAUUUCUCAAAAACGAAUAAUAACCGCGCGAAAACACCUACAGCAAGCGUAUUUUUUGUUUUUAUAUCUAAAUAUGAGUCUUGGUUGUAUUUAGCUUGCAGUUCCCCUUUAAAGACAUGCAAGACAUGCUUUUAAAUUUCCAAAAGUAUCAUUGGCUCAAUCUAUAUAACAAAAGGCACAACAUAACACCAAGAUUAUUGUUUUUGUAUUGUUUUCUGAUAGCUGAAUUUAUCCAAACAUCAUCAAGAAAAAAUAUUUUAAUUUUUUUUUAAACUCUUAUUAACUACUGUAAUUGGGACUACAGGUUUUAUGGACCCCUUUCUUAUAACCUUGGGCAAAUAUAUUUAAAUACAAUUUAAACGUAUGGUACAAUUACUGUAGAGAUUACCGCUGACCACUCUCGUUCCCAGGACUAUGGGACGGGUGGAAAAAACAAGAUGGCGGACUAAAGUUGACUUCACGAACUAUACACCGCUUCACUGGGUGUAAUCCACCGGUUUUUACCCAUUUAUAGUCAACGACUUUAACAUCUUUGUCAAUAAAUCGAGUUGUCAUCGAGGAGUAUUCAUCUUCAUGUUGAAGUCGUUGGCUCACUAGUGAUCUCCCAGCACCACAGCUACAGACAGCCAUGGUCAUAGUCCGGUGCUCCGUCCCAAACUGCGAGUUUGCCACCGACGACGUUUCUGAAGCCCUGGCUAUUACCCUUCUUACGAAUCACGGACUCGCCCACCAGAUUACACCGCCUCCCGUCGCAAGACCUACCCCAGCGCCUGCUCCCCGUGGCCCUAAACUUGAGCGCCCAAAAGUGGACAUUGGCGCAUCCACCGAAGGAUGGAAUGUCUUCACUCGCCGCUGGCAAGUUUUUCGCACUGGAUCUGGCAUCGAUGACGACUCAGCGCCUUCCCAAUUAUUCCAGUGCGCAGGUACUAAGCUCGGCGACAGUUUGUUGAAAGCAAACCCGGCUGCCGCCUCAAGCCUCUUGCAAGACCUCCUAGCUGCUAUGCGAUCCCUCGCCGUCAUCCCAGUCGCAACGGGUGUCCUACGCGCCGAGCUGCUGCAGAUCCGCCAAGAACGCGACGAGCCGUUCCGCGCAUUCUCUGCACGGGUGUGCGGUAAGGCCGAGACAUGCGAGUUCGAGGCAGGGUGCGAGUGCGGAAGAAACCUCGACUACACUGACCACAUCAUUCGCGAUGUCCUGCUAAACGGCAUCAACGACCCAGACACCCGCCGGGAGGUACUGGGUACCAAGAACAUCCUUAAAACCCCCGUUAAUGACGUCAUCGCACUGGUCGAAGGUAAAGAGAUGGCUCGAAACGCGCUACCAUCGUCGUCCUUGUCCGCCAUCUCGUCUUUCCGAAGGCAGCAAAAAAAACCCCUCAGACAACCCCCCAGCAGCCCCUUCGCAACCUGACAGGGCCAGGCAGGCUGCCUGCUCGGAUUGCCGCGCUCUGUUCCACGUAUUUUCGGAAGGGACCAGGGGCUGGAACAGCAAGCCACACCAGACGUGCAUCACGUGCCACCGAUCCCGCCGUCGCCGCCACCGGCCACAACAACCACCCCAUGCCUGCAGUCCAGACAGUGGAGUCAGAGCCGAUAUCUCAAAUUGCAGCGCUCCACGACAAAGAAGCCAACGCUCCCCCACAACACACGCCCACCACCCAUGGCACUGUGCACAAGCCUACCGCUGUCACGCUUGAUCACCAUGUCUUCACCAAAGGCGAGUGGAAACGAGCACGCCUCCGCGCACACCCAACCAUCCCGAUCACCGUGUCGCUCGAUAAGCAAACCACAACCAGACAUAGCCACUCUGCACGCAAUUUGUCUCUCCAAGCUGAGGCCUCGGCCAUAGCGGACACUGGCGCACAAUCUGACCUGUGGUCUCUCGCAGAAUUCCUGGCAUGUGGCUUCUCGCUGGAGGACCACUUCCCGGUAGGCCUUGACCUCACCGCCGCCAACUGCUCGCCAAUCGCCAUCGAUGGCGCGUUCUUCUCCCGACUGUCGACGAUCACUCGUGACGGUGAAGCAGUGUCUUGCCGCUCAAUGGUAUACGUAAGCAGCAGCGUCCAAGCCAUGUACUUAUCGUACGAGUCCAUGCUUAACCUGGGCAUCUUAUCACAUGGCUUUCCCUCCGCCGAGUCCCUGAAGAACCCAAGCGACGAGCACACCGAUGACUCAGCCACCCCGCACAUACCCCUGUCAGUCAACUCCACGCGAGCAGUCAACGAGGGCUGCAGCCAACCCGACAACACAGCGGG